GGCAGGGCAAUUCAAGCUGUUUAUCAGUACGAAAUGGCAAAUUUUAAUGACAGAAAGAAAGAGGUGAUAGCCAUAAUAGGUGCUGGAAUCAGCGGACUGUUGGCCUGCAAGUACUGCAUUUCUAAAGGAUUUGAUCCAAUUGUGUUUGAGUCAGAGAGUGGCAUUGGAGGUGUUUGGAGAAAGACCAUUGAGAGCACUAAGCUGCAGACACCAAAAUCGUUUUACCAGUUCUCUGAUUUCCCCUGGCCUGAUUCCGUAACCGAAAUGCUCCCUCACCAAAAAACGGUGCUGGAGUACAUUGAAUCGUACGCAACUCACUUUGAUUUGGUCCGACACAUUAAGUUCAAUAGCAAAGUGUUGAGCCUAAGCUAUGAAGAUGACAGCAGCUCUGGAGAAUGGAAUUUGUGUAAAGGCAAGUGGAACGUCACCGUACAGCACACUUCUACACAGGUAUACCAAGUUGAUUUUGUAGUAGUUUGCUUGGGAAGGUUCAGCCAGCUCCCAAACAUGCCUGAAUUUCGUCCAAACAAUGGACCUGAAGCUUUUGAGGGGCAAGUAAUCCAUUCAAUGGACCAUUCCAAGAUGGACACCAAAACUGCAACCAACUUUGUCAAAGGAAAACAAGUAGCCGUUGUUGGAUUUCAGAGAUCAGGAAUGGACAUUGCAAUGGAGUGCUCUACCGUUAAUGGGGUUGAACGUCCAUGCACGGUACUAAUCAGGACCCCGCAUUGGAACCUUCCAGAUUUUUCCCCAUGGGGACUUAAUUUGGGAUAUCUCUACUUAAGUCGAUUCUCCGAACUUAUGGUGCAUAAACCUGGUGAAGGCCUUCUUUUAAGUCUCCUCGCCACAACUCUUUCACCAUUGAGGUGGGCCUUUUCAAAAUAUGUAGAAACUUAUAUAAAACACAAGAAUAGGCUUGCAAAAUAUGGAAUGGUGCCAAAGCAUAGCUUCUUAAACGAAUUGAGUUCGUGUUCAGCUGCUCUAGUUCCAGAAGGCUUCUACGACAGAGUUGAGGAGGGAAGUAUAAAGCUUAUCAAGAAAGCAGACUGCUUUGGAUUUUCUAAAGAAGGUAUUGUGCUCGAUGGUCAGGCCGAAACAAUAAAAUCCGACUUAGUCAUACUAGCUACCGGCUUCAAAGGAAUUGAUAAGCUCAAACACAUUUUUCUAUCAACAAAAUAUCAAGAAUUCAUAGCAGGCUCAGAUGAUUCUGCUACCGUUCCCCUUUAUAGGGAAUGCAUUCAUCCCCGGAUUCCACAAGUUGCAAUAAUUGGUUUCUCAGAAAGCCUAGCUAAUCUAUACACAUCGGAAAUAAGGUGUCGGUGGCUGGCAGAACUCCUUGAUGGAAAAUUCAGGCUACCUAGCGUAAAGAUGAUGGAGAAAGACAUAGCAGAGUGGGAUAAAUACAAGAAGAGCUAUUCUUAUAGCAAGUACUACAGGAGAUCGUGUGUGGCAGCAUUGCAUGUUUGGCACAAUGACCAACUUUGCAAGGACAUGGGAUGGAACCCAAAGAGGAAGAAGGGCUUUUGGGCUGAGUGGUUCCAACCUUAUGGACCAAUGGAUUACUAAUAAUACUCCAGGCUCUCUGUAUUUCAAUAAUAAAGAAUGAACAUGCAUUGCAUCUAUAUGCAAGUCAUGAUAUUGUAAAAUAAUAAGUAUCAACAUUAAUAAAAUAAAGCUUUGAAUAAAAUUAAAGCAAUACUAGUUUUCCUUGUUA